AUGGAGUCCUUGAAGACAAGGUGUUGUGCCUGCGAACUCGUCAGCGCGGCGCUAGGUCAGCGAAUCUGGCUGUUUGCCCUUCUGGCGUACGUAUGGGAGUUUUCGGCGAAAGGCAUUGAAGUUGACUCUACAGCCCGGCCCCCAAGGUCGGCUUUUCCGCGCGACCACCGGUACCUCAGCGAUCCCCUGGUCGAGAGGACCGGUGGAACCGGUCGAGGUUCACCGGUUUUCCUACUUCUGGAGGCGGAUCUUCAAAAGCCAGGAAAUGUUUCGGACCGCAAAGAGGCAACUGCGGGGUCCGCAAACGAAAAAGCUGCGGAAUUCGAUGGCGGACGGCGGUUUCCAUCCCUGCCAGGAGCGGGGGGACGUGGGACUGCAGGUUCCCCGUCAUCUGGGGAGGAGCGCGAGUCUGGUUUUACGAGUCGCCCGCUCGAGCGCCCGCUCAACACAAAACAGUCCGCAGCAAGCAUCAUGCCAUCUCCAGUAGACAUGGGGGCAUUGCCCAAAAAUCCCUUUUCGCCGGAACCCAUCAACACCCCUGCACCGAAGACUUCUUCCAACCAAGACGGUUUGGCCUCAAAAGAAUACUUGGAGAUGCACCCCCUGCGACCGUUGUCCGCUGAAAGCAGUGGCCUCUAUCGGAGUGUACCCAUGACUGGAAAAGCCCCGUCGUCAAAGCCUUCGCAGCUGAUCACGCGGUUCGAGGGCGUGGGACGUUUCUCACACGAGAAGAAGUCGCCGUUCUGGAGCGCUAAAGAAUUCCUACGCCGUAUGGCCUCGCGGCUGUGGAAGAAACUGAGAGAAAUGCUGGCAGCGUUGCGACAAAGGAUUCAGAAAAAGCGGGAAAGCCGAAAGCUUCUUCUUCAAAUGCCUGUGAGUGGACGGAAAGCCGCAGCUGAUUUUGCUCGAAAGCUGCGCGAGUCGAGGCAGGCACUGCACCACCAGAGUCUUGAGGCCCUGUUAGACACACGAUUUCCACGGCGUUCCAACAUUCUAUGCACGUCUGACAUCUCGAAGAAACGAGUGACUCUGCAGAGACUGGCCGUGAUCGGACGGGGAGCACGGGCCAUCGCUUUCGAGGUGACGCGCGUGGAAACAGGAGACCAGUGGACUUUGAAGGCUUUCGAGGACCCACGUGGGCCCAUCCCCGCUCCCGGCACGGAAUCAGCCCUGGAGCUUCUUGGCAAAGAGUCCUCUGCGAUUCUGCUACUCCCCUACAAAGUGCCAGCCCUAGCGUACAGCCUGCUGAGGAUGAUGGUUGCCGCAGACAUCCUCUCAUGCCGUGACGACAGAGUAUCUGUCCGCCACCACGGCCCCCCUCCUCAGGAAAUAUUUCUCCAGACGUUCUUGCUGUACCCCAUGGCCGCGGGUUCUCUCAGCGACGUCGUCGAUUCGAUGUUCCACGAGGAACGGAGCAGAAACACAGAGCCCUCAACAGAAGAGAGAGCACGAGCCCUCUCGGCACGUCUGAGCUUCUCAAUUCAGGCUGUUCGACUGACCGCCCUUCUUCACUUCCACGGCCUUGUGCACGGAGAUUUGCAAGCCGGCAACUUCUUCGUCUGUGCUGACGGCACUCUGUUUCUUGGAGGCGGUCGUCAUCUAACCACAGAGGGCGCGCCUUAUCGCGCCUCAAAUACUGACAGUGAAGGCGCUCCAGAGAAUUCGCGCCCGACAGGAAAUGCCACGUUCACGGCUUCGCUAAACUCCUGGCACGUAGGCUGCGUACUCUACCGAAUCUGGUGCGAAGGGUUUCCGUUUGGUCCCUCGGCCGGGAAGAAACAACCCUGGACCGAGCUGCCAUUUCUCCUAGAUCUGAAAUCCGGAAAGAAGCGAAGGUUGUGGAAGUGGCGACGAACAACCAAGGCUCGGAAGCCGUUGUCGUUCGCAAGUUGUGUACGCGACAUGCCUGCAGGCGUCAAAAAUUUGAUUGUUCGCCUUCUUGCGGAAACGCCGCGUCAGAGGCUGUUACCCACCCGGGCAGUACGGGAUCCGGUCUUCACGAAGCUCGAACAAGAACUAAAGGCCCUUGAUAGAUUUGCCUAG